CCAAAAAUAACACUCACUUAUGCACAAACAUUUGAUGGAUUCAUAGCAUUGCCAGGUCAGCAACUUGCCAUAUCCAGUCCUCAAUCCAUGGUGCUCACUCAUGCUUUGCGGGCAACUCAUGAUGCCAUACUAGUGGGAGUUCAAACCAUCAUCUGCGACAAUCCAUCCUUAUCAACACGUUUUGUAGAUUAUGGCCCACCACCAGAUCGUAUAACACCACCCUCUCAACCUCGUCCAGUCAUUCUUGAUUCGCAUUUAAGAUGCCCUCUCAAUGCAAAAGUACUUUCCAGAAAUCCAUUUAUAUUUACGACUACCACACCAUCUACACAUUCCAAUUCAUGGGAUGCGCUUAUACAAGCUGGUGCGCAACCUAUCACUAUAAACUCAGAUUCAACUCAUCGUGUAGAUAUUGUGUCCGCAUUAGAGUACUUGCAUUCUCAUAAUAUUCAUUCAGUUAUGAUCGAGGGAGGAUCUCAAGUCAUUAAAGAGUGCUUAUCAAAUCCAAUGCUGCCCAUUCACUCGCUUAUUGUAACGGUUUCACCCAUGUUUUUAGGU